AUGUCUCUUAGCAACGAAGAUUGGGAGGAGAUCCGUCAGGAGAUUCCAUCGACCUCGGAACCCUUCCUGGCACAAUACAUCAACGGCCGCGAGGCUCUUAUCGCCCAGGAGCAGAAGUCUCGCUCAGAUGCCUCCUUCCGCGCCAACUCCUCGCCGAUUGUGAAGCGCGCGGCUGCCAUCGUUGCUCGCAUCCGCGAGGAGGAGAAGAAGACGACAUGGAACGCUCAGGCUGAGGAAGACCUCGCAACCAGCCAGGGUCUGGCUCCUUUCCCGGGCAUGAUGUUCACUCUGGCGAAGCAGCGUCUCGAGACCACAAGACUUUGGCGUAUCGUGCAAAAGAUGCCCAAAGGAUCGCUCCUUCACGCUCAUCUAGACGCCAUGGUUGACUUUGAUUUCCUAUUUGAGGUCUUGUUGAAUGAGCCAGGAAUGCACUUUGCAGCGAAUGAGCCUCUAUCGAACGAAAAGGCGUUGGCGACUUCGGGCGUUCACUUCAGAUUCAGAAACAAGGAGACCAGCUCAAGAGCAGUCUGGGACAAGGACUACGUCCCUGGCGAGUUCAGACUGUUGACCACGGCGGCGGAUGAAUUUCCGGAUGGUGGAAGGCCAGGGUUCUUGAAAUGGCUGAAGGGACGCUGCACUAUCUCCUUGACGGAUAGCGUGGAACAGCAUCAUGGCAUUGACGCGAUCUGGCGCAAGUUUGCCGAUUGUUUCACGGUGACCAACACCAUCAUUCACUACGAGCCCAUUCUGAGAGCGUUCCUGAGAAGACUGAUGUCAUCACUGCUGGCUGACGGCGUUUUCUGGGUUGAAGUCAGCCAAGAGGAGCCCGAGAAGGACUACAACCACAUGUUCCAGGUCAUUGACGAAGAAGUUAAACGCUUCAAGUCAGAGAACGCCGCCUUCUGGGGUCUGCGCACCAUCUGGACAACCCUUCGUAUCCUUCCUACCCGCGAAAUUGUCGAGAGCAUGGACAACUGCAUCACCACCAAGAUGGCUUGGCCUCACCUUAUCGCAGGCUACGAUCUCGUUGGGCAGGAGGAUCUGGGACGACCCCUCCGCGAUCUGCUCCCCGAACUCUUUUGGUUCCGCAAGCAGUGCGCCCAGGAAGGCGUCAACCUUCCCUUCUUCUUCCACGCCGGUGAGACGCUCGGCGACGGCGACGCGACGGAUCAGAACCUCUUCGAUGCCGUGCUACUCGGCACGCGCCGUAUUGGUCACGGCUUCUCGCUGUACAAGCACCCGCUGCUCAUUGACAUGGUCAAGGAUAAGCGCAUCCUCGUAGAAAGUUGCCCGAUCAGCAACGAGGUCCUUCGCCUCUGCGGCUCCAUCAUGUCGCACCCGCUCCCGGCGCUCUUGGCCCGUGGCGUGUCCUGCGCGCUGUGCAACGACGACCCGGCCAUGCUGGGUCAAGACACGGAGGGUAUGUCCCACGAUUACUGGCAGGCGCUGCAAGGAUGGGAGAAUGUUGGCCUUGAGGGCCUCGGCUCGCUGGCGGAAAACAGCGUGCGGUGGUCCGCGUUCGAGGAUGAGACGCCGGCGGAAUGGACCGCUGGUGUCAAGGAGGCAAGCCUUGGUUCUGGUGUCAAGGCUGAGCGGCUUAAGCAGUGGUCGACCGAGUGGGAGAAGUUCUGUCUCUGGAUCGUCGAGGAGUUCGGUGAAGAGUCCGACAAGGCGUAA